AUGGGUAAUAAAAACUCGACGUCAAAAAAGAAUAAUAAUAUAAAAUGGUUAUCAAAUGAAAAAGUUCUAUUAGAUGAUAUUAAUAUAAUUGUUGUGGGUAUUAAUGAUGAUGAUAAAUCAAGUAAUGAUCUUCAAUUAUUAAAUGAACUUCGACAAAUAGUUAAUUCUGUUCAAACAUUUGAUGAUCCAAAUCUUUGUGAAAAUUUUCUUGAAAAUAAUGUCAACGAUAAUGAAAUCAUUUUUUUAAUAUUAUAUGAUAAAUUUGUUGAAAAAAUGGUUCCUCAUAUUCAUCAAUUAACAUCUAUCGAUUCAAUUUAUGUAUAUUGUAAACAUAUAAAACAAUAUGAUUUAUGGUCAAAUAAAUAUUUUAAAUUAAAAGGACAUUUUUUUACUGAAAUUUAUAAACUUUGUUAUCAACUUAAACAAGAUAUUCGACAUUGUCAAAAUGAUCUUAUUUCAAUAGAUAUAUUAAAUAAAACAUUAACUAUUGAUAAAUUAAAUAAUCUUGAACCAGAUUUUAUGUAUUCACGAUUAUUAAAAGAAAUUUUAAUUAAUAUUAAAUAUGAUGAAUAUAAUAAAAAAGAAUUUAUUCAAUAUUGUUAUUUACAUUUAAAUAUAUUAAAUAUAGAUCAAAUAAAUAUAAUUCAGGAGUUUGAAAAUGAUUAUGAAAAACAUUCACCUAUAUGGUGGUAUACACGACAAUCUUUUAUCUAUGAAAUUCUUAAUAAAGCUCUUCGGACUCAAAAUAUUGAUGUUUUAAUUAAAAUGGGAUUUUUUAUAAAAGAUCUUCAUCACCAAAUUCAACAUUUAUACAAUUUACAAGAACAUUGUUCAAUGAUUGUUUAUCGUGGUCAAGGAAUAAAAAAUGAUCAAUUUGAAAAUUUAUGUAAAUAUAAAGGUGGUUUAAUAUCAUUUAAUACAUUUCUUUCAACAAGUCUUGAUAAAAAUGUCUCACUUGAAUUUGCUCGUCAUGCUAUUAAAAAGCCAGGUCUACGUGGAAUUAUAUUUCGUAUGGAAAUUGAUCCAAAAAAAAUGAAUUUAUUAAAUCCAUAUGCAUCAUUAAAUAAUUUAAGUUAUUUUAAUAAUGAAGAAAAAGAAAUACUUUUUUCAACACAUACUGUUUUUCGUAUUGUUGAUAUUCAACAAAUAAAAGAUGAAAAUAAAAUUUGGCAAAUUUAUUUAAAAUUAACAAAAAAUCAAGAUGAUAUACAACUUGAACAAUUAACAAAACAUUUACGUGAAGAUAUUCAAUUAUUAUCAAAUCCUUGGGAAUGUUUAGCAAAAUUAAUGUUAACUAUUGGAGAAUUUGAUAAAGCAGAAAAAAUAUAUGAAAAUAUUUUAGAAAAUAUUUCUCCAAAUGAUUAUCAACAAUUAGCUUUUAUUUAUCAUCAACUUGGUUGUGUUCAUAAUGAAAAAAGAAAUCUUGAUAAAUCUCGUUACUUUUUUCAACAAUCAAUUGAUAUUAAAGCAAAUUAUUUACCUGAUAAAUAUAAUGAUCCACAAUUAGCUGAUACAUAUUCAAAUAUUGGUUCGAUUUAUCAUGCACAAGGAAACCUUAAUUAUGCUUUAUUUUAUUUUCAAUCAGCUCUUAAUACAAAAACAAAUGAUCAAAGAAUAUUAGCAUCUGUUUAUAAUAAUAUUGGAAUGGUUCUUACAAAACAAGAACAUUUUCAUGAUGCUCUUAUUUAUUUUAAAAAAAGUCUUAAAAUUGAUUUAAAUUUACUUCCUCAAACACAUCCCGAUCUUGCUAUAACAUAUUCAAAUAUUGGAAAAAUAUAUUUUAUUUUACAAGAUUAUUAUCAUGCAUUAUCUUAUUAUAAAAUGACUUAUGAUAUUCGUCGUUUAUCAUUACCUAGAAAUCAUCCAUCUAUUAUAAGAGCUAUUGAAAAUUAUCAAAAAACAGCUAUCUUAAUACCAAAUAAUACUUUACUAAAUAAUUUAUCAACACCUAUUUUAUCGAAAAAACAACAUUCUUAUUCGGUACUGUCAAAAUUUUCAAACAUAUUUAAGAAUAAAACUUUUAUGUAUGAUAAGAAAAAUUAUUGA